CCAACCCCAAAAGAAAAAGAAAAAAAGAAAAAGAAAGGAACCAUCGGUGGUUCUCUUGCCAGGCUCAUGUCAUAACUAGUUUAAUCAGUCGUCCACCACUACCACCACCACCACCACCACACUCUGAUCACCGACUCUCUCCGUUCCCGAUUCCGUUCAUCUUUCCAUCCUUCAAUUUUCAAUUUUCAAAUUUCCCCAUCUCAAAUUCUCUUAUUCAAUGUUUGAACUUUCUCAUAUGAGAUCUAAACCAAAACCAUUUUUCUUCAGAACUCACAUAUAAAUAACACAAACUCAUUUUUCUCAAAUCCCAAUCUGAAACCCUAACUGGAAUCCCGAUCUGAACCCUUCCAAUGUCUUGUUUAGCGCUCUCUCUUCAACCAUCCAACGGAUCCGAUAUUCUUCUCCAAACUCGCGAGUGGUUCCCACCCUCACGCGCUCUCGGCGCUCUCUCCGCUUUCCGUCACACUCGCCGCGCCUUCGCCGCCAACAAGAAUAAACAUGUCGUCCAUGAAGACGCUUACGCCGCCGAAUCAAUCGGUGACGAUCCCCUCGCUGCUUCCAGUGGCCAAGUCAUCGUCGGUGUUGAGAGCCGCUACCGUAUUGUGUAUCGUUUAGUUAACGGAAUCUAUGUUCUUGGAAUAACCGUCGCCGAUCAUGAUAACUCCGUUAAUGUUUUCGAGUGUAUUCAUAUUGUUAAUCAGGCUGUUAGUGUGGUUGUCACCGCCUGCCGUGGUGUGGAUGUCACGCCGGAGAAGCUCGGUCGAAAAUACGCCGAGAUCUAUAUGGCGCUUGACAUUGUUCUACGUGGCGUUAGCAAUAUUCGUCUCGCUGCUAUGCUUUCCACCAUGCACGGUGAUAGUAUUGCUAAGAUGGUGCAUUCUGCUAUUGACAGCGAGAACAAGAUCCGUGGGGCGGAUAAUUGGUCUACGGCGGAGGUGCAUUCUGUCGAACACCAAGCGAGCAUUGAUGCAUUUGCUAAUGCGAGAUUUGAGUUGCCGCAGGAGACUCUUGAGGCUGGGGAUGAAGUGGUGGCUAGCCUUGCUGCUCCGGUGGCAAGUGAACAGACGGAAGAGAUUCAGCCGAAGCAAAAUCAGGAAGAGGCUCAAGUGGAGAAGGAUCCGUUUGCAGCUAGUGAUGCCAUUAACAAACCUCAAGAGCUUGUGAGUGGGUUUAAGAAGACUAAGGAUGGUUCUUCCACUGAUUUGACUACAGCUUUGGAAGGUCUUGAUGUUACCACGUUGCCACCUCCAGAGGCAACACAAUCAACACAUAUAAAUGUGGAGGGAUUUGAAGGGAACUAUGGUGGUGUUGAGUUUGGAAUGGAACAAGCUUCAAUUGGAGAAGCUUUUGAAGGUUUCAAUGAUGCUUGGGGUGGCGGACUGGAUGUUUCGGAGUUCGUGGGUACAACUAAGGCUCCAAAACCACAAGGUCUUGGUGGAGUUGAGCUCUUGCAGACAGGGCCAGAUGUUGCACCUAAAGCAACAGCUGGUGAGAGUGGUGGUGUACUCGAGAACUUGGUUAAGAAAACUGAAAUGAAGGGUCCUGAGAUGUAUAUUUCUGAAGAAAUUAGUGCAGAGUUCAGGGAAUCAGAGCUUGCAAGGGUGGGAUUAAUAGGUGUUGUUUACCUCAAAACUUUGCCACCUAAAAGUUCUGGCGGUGAUAAAGAAACUGAAUUCUCAUUCCGAAUUGAGGGAACCAAAGCUGUUAAGAGAUUUGCUUUGCAGAGUUCUCGUGUUAGUAGCCUAGAAAAUGGAAUGUUUCAUGUGAGGACAGCGGCUUCAGAGGAGCCUAUACCAAUUAUGAAGUUUAGCUUGCUUCCAAAGCAUACACCUUUGCCUUUGAGAGUUCGGCUUAUAAAGCGACACACGGGGAGUUUCAUUUCUGUGAUGAUACAAUAUGUUUCAAACCCUGAUUUGCUUGCUCCAUUGACUGAUGUUACAUUCAUUCUGAAACUACCAGUUGACCCAACACUUUUGAAGGUUUCUCCAAAAGCUGUUUUGAAUAGGGUUGAUAAAGAAAUUAAAUGGCACGUGCCAGAGAUUCCAUUAAAGGGCUCUCCUGGAAGGUUGAGAGUAAGGAUGCCCGUAGAUUCUAACGAAGAUGAUGAUGAAGAAAUUGAGGUAGUUGGUUAUGUGAAAUUUUCGAUACAAACAACUCAGACAUUAUCCGGAGUUUCUAUACGACCUGCUUCGGAGGGCAAGACAGACUUCUACGAGGUUAGUGACAAACUUGAAAGUGGGGUUUACAUGUGCAACUGAUUUGUAUUCAUAGAUGAUUUUUAGGACCUGUAGUUUUUUAUUUUGUGUUCAUGUGAUUGUAUGAUUUGGUAAUUGGUUGUUUAUAAACAUUUUGGAUAUUGAGCAUGUACCUUGAGCUGUGAAAAAUUGUUUGUGUGUGCUUCGGCUAUUAAUUUUCAUCAAUGGAUUGUAUUUGGUCUUCGCAA